CGCGAUCACCCUUCAUUCAACAGAACAUUGCACACACUUCAUGCUGACAUUGCUACCUGUCAAGUGCAAGUCUAAUGCUACUGCGAUCCUGAUUGGACUUUUUCUUCGCCGGGCGAGCGUCUAGUCAUACUUUCAAGCACGAGCGCAUUGCACGACUUCGUCCUGUUAAGCAUCAUCAAACGAAACCUUCUGGCGCGUUCCUUCCCGUGCAACAUCUCAUGCGCCUUGAUGUUCACAACGAUAUGAAUCGCAGUCGUUGCGCUGCUGAGCCACCGUGAUUUGCUUCUGUGUCUUUGCACACCUAUCAUUGUCCGCACACUCCGCCUCGACGAAUAGGCUUCACGACGCUGUUGAAUUCGGGGCCACUACAAAUUUCCAACUCUUGUCGGGCGCGAACCGCGUUCUACGACUAAGAUGCAACAACCGACGCCAGACCGCAAGCCUCCUGUUUCUGGGAACACUCCGAUCGACCAACGCGCGACGAUCCAGCAGCAGACUCCAGCAUCCUUCCCACAAAUUUCCGACACUACUGAUUACAGUGCUUUCAACUUUCCGAACCCGUACGCUAUUGACCAGACCUAUACCGAACCUUCGCUUGUUGAGAAUUUGGGUCAAGAGCAAACUGUCGGUUUCAAUACCAAUAACGGUCCAAUCUCAUCUACGGACCUGGUCCGAAGGGGCCGACAUCAGAAUGGGCCACAAGAGCAAUGGACUGGAGUCGUUGAUGCCACGGAGCAGUCUCAGGAGGAGGAUGAAGAGGAUCUAAACAUGAAAGUGGCAAUGGCGAAGCGCGAUCCUCAAGGCAAACGAAAACAAAUCCCGCCUUUCGUUCAAAAGCUUAGCAGCUUUCUCGACAGCGGUAAUACAGCAUUGAUCCGGUGGUCAGACGACGGCCGAUCAUUCAUUGUGUUAGAUGAAGACGAAUUCGCUCGGACGCUCAUCCCUGAACUCUUCAAGCACAGCAACUAUGCUUCUUUCGUCAGGCAGCUCAACAUGUAUGGGUUCCAUAAAACAGUCAACAUCACCGAUGGCUCUUUGAGGCAGUCCGAGAAGGCGCGAAAGGGCGUCAAGCCGCCAAGCAUGUAUUCACAUCCAUACUUUCGCAAAAACAGGCCGGACUUAUUAUGGCUAAUCCAAAAGCCGGCGGGAAAGUCUACUGCAAAGCGGAAGCGAGAAGGUGCAGAUAGCGAUGAUGAUUCGCCCGGUCCUGAUAGCAAGGCACAUGUAGACGUCGGCACCGGGGGUGGAUCCGAUUUGACAUCUAUUCCGCGAAACGAGAUGGCUUCUGUACGACAGGAGCUGAGCAAAUUACAGCAGCAACAGGAGUUGAUAUCAAGAAUGAUCAGUCACAUCAAGAGUCAGAAUGAGCAGUUUUAUCGACAAGCCACUGCCUUUCAAGCUCUCCACGAUCGGCAUGAAAAUUCCAUCAAUGCUAUUCUGACCUUCCUGGCAACCUUUUACAACAGGAGUCUGGACGGGCAUGCCGGGCAAAACCUGGUUAACAUGUUCAGCGGUCAAACUCAAAAUAACCAGACACAUGGAAGUGUCGUUGAAGAGUUCCCCGAGCCCGCAACCAGCAGUAGUGGCCACGUACAGCGAUAUACAAAGCGGCCCCAGCUGCUAUUGACGGGGCCAUCUGCGUCUUCUCCACACGUACCUACGGGCAAUCUGACAGCCGAGCCAAACUCCGCCCGUCCCUCCUCCUCUCCGUCCGCCGCUGGAGUGAAAAGAGAGGGUCGGAGCAGUAUGACGCCUCAAAGCCCCGGCAACUCGGGUGGGAGGAGAUCUGAAACUCCAGUCAUUAAAACAAGUGCGUCACCUCCUAAUCAGCUUCCGGAGAGUGAUCAGAUGAUGAGUCUCAUCAAAAGCGUCAACGCUACCAAUGCAAAUGACACGAGUACCAAUACUCCAACAUUUGAUUUUUCGUCUGCGCUUGACCACUACCAGAAUGCGAACGGAAAUUCCCCACUAACCCCACAGCAACGCGAUGACAUGUUGGCAUUGAUCAACCAGCACGGUGGCCAGGGUGCCGGCAGUAACAAUGAGAACAAUGCCCUUGUGUCGCCAAAUCCGCCAGCAAUGCCAGACCUUGCUCACUUCAAACAGACACAGCAACAGCUAGAGAUGUUGACGAACAUGCAAAAACGCCAGGAUGCCAAGGUACAAGACCUUCAGCGACGCCUUCAGCCCUUGUCGCCGACUGGAUCGAUUCCAGGACUACAAGAAACUGAAAACGCAAAUCCAUUCGAUGCAAUCGGCGCAGAGUACGAUCCUAAUGCGUUCCUCAAUUUUGAUAACUGGAACGACAACUCUUUGGGUUUAGAAGGUGCAGUCCCUUCAACAAAUCCAUUCGAUCCUGGCAACUACAGUACAGAUUUCAACUGGGAUGGAUACGACGAUUCCGGGGCUACGGACGGUAUGUUUCAAACUACCAACACGACAUUGCCACUCGUUGAUCGUCCAGCGACUGACGAGGAUGGCAAGAUCGAAAACAUGAGUAGUGGAGUACCGACUCCAAAUGUGGCCGAUCAGAUUUCAGGUGGAUACACGGGUGCGUCACAGCAGUUUGCCGAAACCGGCGAGUCUAAAUCGUCGCAUAAGAGGCAAAAGACGGGCGGGUGAGAGUAGGUGUGUGGGAGCUGCUGCACCUGGCUGCAAUAUCAUCCGCGCAGCAUCUCCGAAUUACGAAGUCACGAUAUUACCUAGUCGAAGUAGAUAUCCGGUCACAUUAUCAAAAGAGAAGCUCUCACUUGAAGGAGAGUCGGGGUAAUCUUUCACACCAAAAAUUGCCUGGGCGUGGUGCAUGAGCCAGGCAUCAUGCCGUAUCUUGUGAUUCUGCCCUAUGUUUUCCGGCCUUGCCCCAGCGCCAUAGGCAGACAUGUCGACGUGAGCUUUUCAUGCCGUAUAGACUAUGCAGGAAGCUUCCAACCAUACAGCAGUGAGUGGCUGUUUCAUCG